GGGGAAGUUCUUUGGUCCAGAGGAAAAUGGGGUUUGGUGUAAAUCUAGGGUGUAUUGCUGUAAUAUAUCACACUACCUCGUAAAAACGACACUGGGGAUUCUGGGCCAACAAAUCUGAGAGGAAAAAAUAUGAGUUCUUAUUAUGUGGAUGGUCUUCUUAGCAAAUCUGCAACGGUGAGUUCCCUGUUCCCGAGCGCAGAGCGCGCCUGGAGCAGUUUUGGAGCUUGUGGCGAAAAGCAGGGCUCCUCUCGGACUUCUGCGGCCAUCUCGCUCGCACCAUCUCUCUCGGGAGUUUAUAGCGCCAAUAACGCAGCCAGCCGGAGCUAUCCAGUGUUUACCUCAGGCGAUGCGCACGGAGGGGACGCUCUGCACUACAACCCCUUUGACCAGAACCGUCUGUUCAGCGAUGGCAGCUGUCAUCCGGGUCCGGGACCCCACUUUCCACCGCAAAACAAGCACCGGAUGUACCCCUGGAUGCAGGCAUCAGAUCCAAAUCGAAAGCGGGGACGGCAGACCUACUCCAGGUACCAAACUCUGGAGCUGGAGAAGGAGUUCCACUUCAACCGGUAUCUGAGCCGCAGGCGCAGGGUCGAGAUAGCACACGCCCUGACCCUCACAGAGAGACAGAUCAAAAUCUGGUUCCAGAACCGCAGGAUGAAGUGGAAGAAGGACCACAAGGAACAGUCGGGCCCCGUGCAGACGCACGGUGGUGUUCAGGCCUUGUCCGAUGCAGAAGACACUGGGAGCGCAGAGGUGGAAUCCCAAACUGCAAAGUAACAACAGAGACGGACAGUUAGAUCAAAUAUACUCUGUUUUUUGAAAGGGAGAUGAGAAGGAACAUAUCCCAUGCAUGUGUGCACUACUAUAAACCGGAGGCUUCUCUAAACAAUAACAUUUGGAUUUUUUUAAGCUCAACAUUCCCUUUAACGAGAAACUAUCUUAUAUUUGCUCUUCAGUUUUCAAAAACCCAAUACAGUUGUAGAAAAUGUGUAAAAAUCAGAAUAAUUUGUUUUGAGGCAAAUGUGCAUGUUUAGGGGGGGAUUUUUGCAAAAUAUGUGGCUUUUUCAACACACACACACAUUACAAUAUAUAUAUAUAU